GCCUGGGUGGGUCCUCUUUAAACAUGCAGUCCAAACGGGAAUGUGAGUUGUGGUGUGAGCGGGUCAAUCCAGUGAACAAGGCUGCGCUGGAGGCUUGGGUGAGGGAAACGGGGAUCCGACUGGUGCAAGUGAACGGGCAAAGGAAAUACGGCGGCCCACCCCCAGGCUGGGUGGGCAGCCCUCCACCAGCAGGUUCAGAGGUGUUCAUCGGCCGCCUGCCUCAGGAUGUGUAUGAGCACCAGCUGAUUCCACUGUUCCAACGAGUGGGGCGUCUCUACGAGUUUCGCCUCAUGAUGACAUUUAGUGGCCUGAACCGAGGCUUCGCCUACGCUCGAUACAGCUCCCGCCGCGGGGCCCAGGCUGCCAUUGCAACUCUGCACAACCACCCUCUUCGGCCUGCCUGCCCGCUGCUGGUCUGCCGGAGCACCGAGAAAUGCGAGCUGACCCUGGAUGGGCUGCCACCAGCCCUGAGCCACCAGGCCUUGCUUAAGGCCCUGCAGCCUCUAGGCUCCGGUCUGCAGGAAGCACUGCUGCUCCCCAGCCUUAUGCACCCCCACACACAGAUUGCGCUGCUCAAGUUUAGCUCCCACCGGGCUGCGGCCAUGGCUAAGAAGGCUCUAAUAGAAGGGCGCUCAAAGCUCUGUGGUGAGCAGGUGACAGUGGAAUGGCUGAAGCCCGACCUGAAGCAACGACUCCGACAGCACACUGAAGGUCCUUUAUUUCGGGGCUUGGAGACUGAGAGCAGUCACAGGCUCCUACCUGAGAUACUGGGGUCCCCAAUACCCCCUAGCUGUGCCCAGACUACUCUUGAGACACUGUGCCAACAGAAACGCCUAGGCAUGCCUGUAUUCCUCACUAAGUGCUUGGGAGCUGGGCCUGCAGGCUGGCACCGAUUCUGGUACCAGGUGGUGAUUCCUGGUCACCCCAUGCCUUUCAGUGGCCUCAUCUGGGUAGUUGUAACAAAGGAGGGGCCAAGUGGACAUGAAGUUGCCAAGAAUGCCGUGUCCCUUCGCCUCCUGGAAGCAUUAGGUGAGCCAAGGAAAAAUGAGAGCCCAGGAUGGGGAUGGUUUUCCUGCUAA